UCGAAAAGUCAUUUGAACGUUUUCCCGGUUUUUCGUGUCAACAAAAAUGUGCCAAGUGCUUAAAUAGUGAAGAAAAAUUUCAUAUUGUGUUGAAAAAUGUUUCCAUUGAGCUCACAAAAGAAAUAUUGGUCGUUCAGCGAUGAGAACGAUUUGAUGGUUCUGAGACAACGGACUAAUGCAGAAUUCAUCGAGAAACAUGGGGCGAAAAUGACACUGGAACAGCGAGAAGAAUAUUUUCUAUCCGAUCAGGAAGAAAGAUCUUUGCUCAAAUCUUACGAAAUGCAUUUACGAGACUUCUGCAGAAGAUUUACCCCCCCAAUGCCCAGAGCCACGAUCGCUACUGCGCUUCAUUACUUCAAAAGAUUUUAUCUUCGAAACAGUGCCAUGGAUUUUCAUCCUAAAGAGAUUUUAGUCACCUGCGUUUAUCUUGCCAGUAAAGUAGAAGAAUUCAAUGUUUCGAUAUCUCAGUUCGUCGCUAAUAUUAAGGGCGACCGAGACAAAGCUUCUGACAUUAUUCUCAACAACGAAUUAUUGCUCAUGCAACAGCUCAAUUACAAUCUCACGAUUCAUAAUCCGUUCAGGCCAGUGGAAGGUUUGAUGAUCGAUAUUAAGACUCGCUAUCCAAUGUUGGAUAAUCCUGAAAAGCUACGACCUCACAUUGAGGAUUUUUUGGAGAAGGUUUUUUUGACUGACAGCGUUUUGCUUUAUGCCCCGAGCCAGAUCGCUUUGGCUGCAAUUUUCCACGCAGCCUCGACCCUUGCAGUCGAUCUCGAUAAUUACGUCACCGAAACUUUGUUCCCUCGAGAACGUUUAGCAGGAAUCGUCGAGGCGGUCAGAAAAAUUCGCACAAUGACCAAAAUAACGGAGCUCCCAACGAGAGAUACGAUCCGAGCCCUCGAAAAGAAAUUGGACAAGUGCCGAAACCAGGAAAACAAUCCCGACAGCGAGAUAUACAAAAAACGGAUGCAGGACAUGCUGGACGAGGACGACAUCCCGGACAACGAUAUUUACGCAAAAAUCAUACAAGAUCAAGCAGCACACGACGAAAAAGUCUUGGGCGCUAGUAAAAUGCUCUCACCUUCGGCUUCCUAACAGUAAUUCGUUAUUUAUUUAUUCUUUUCUCCACCUCCGCCCUCGAUGUACAGUAAAGUUCGGUUUUUCAGUGAAAAUAAAAAAAUUUUCAUGA